AUGGAACUUGAUAGGAAAUUAAAUGAUUCACCAGAUAAAAAACUUGAUAAAGCUCUGUGUCAUAAAAUUUUCAAAGGAUACACGGCUGCCAUCGAUCAUCCUUCAUGUGCAUACUACAAGGAGUUAUUAGAACUUUAUCCUAAUGCAAAAGUUAUUUUAACUGUCCGUGAUCCUGAAAUAUGGUUAGCUGGUUGUCGUUCUACUAUAUUACCUAAAGAUAUAGAUCAACCACGUUCAUGGUCAUUUCAACUUUUAAGAAAAUGUAUCGGUUUACAACAAUUUCAUGAAUUAUUUCUUAUGAAUUGUAGACGUGUAUUUGGUGAGAAUAUGGAUUUUACCAAUGAUACAGCUAUGUUGAAUGGUUUUGUUAAUUGGAAUCAAAAUGUCAUAAAAACUGUACCAUCUGAUCGUUUAUUAAAAUUUGAUAUAAGUCAAGGUUGGGAACCAUUAUGUAAAUUUCUUAAUUUACCAAUACCAAAUUGUCCAUUUCCUCAUGUAAAUGAAUAUAAUGAAUUAAGACGUUUAUUAAAAUUAGAGAAACGUGUACUAAAAUUUUCACAGUGGAUUUUACCCAUGUUAAUGUUGUUUAUUUUUGCUUAUAUGUUUUGUAAAUUUUUACUCUAA